CGACAGGAAACUUUGCUCAACUUUUGUCCGUUGUAUUCUGGAUUUGGAUAGGCAGAAUUUGAAACACGACAGCCAAAACCAGGUACGAGACAGCUGUCAAAGAAAAUUUCCCAAUAAAAUUUAGAACAAAAAGGUGAGAAAAUCCCCAUCUGGGGAUAAACGAAUCACAAGUUCGAAACAUCUUAUAAAGCCGAAAUAAAUUAUUCUCCCACUAAUUUAAUAAAAAUGCUGUUACUAGUGCGGCAAUGGUGUCUCGCUGCACAAGCACGUUGUUUUCCGUAGCUUUGGCCCCUCCACUUCCCACUACUAUCUCCCACCUAUCACCCAGCUUUAAAUUCUACUCCACAAUCGUCUAUAAUAACAUUAAUUUGAAGCAUUAUCGUGCACACGCUGUAAAGAGAAGCUUUGCUGCUGAAAAAUUAAAGAAAUCUCAUUAUUAUGAAGGCCAUCUUGGUCCUGUGAAGGUAACAGCGUCAUCCAUGGAUGGACCUCCGUCUGGUUACAGGUCUAAUGUAGGAAUUUGCCUUAUAAAUUCCAGUAAUCAGGUAUUUGUGGCAUCGAGAUUGGACGUGCCAGGGGCAUGGCAAAUGCCACAGGGUGGAGUUGAUGAGCAGGAAGUUCCAAGAGAUGCAGCCAUCCGAGAAUUACGUGAAGAAACCGGAGUCACCUCGGCAGAGAUUAUUGCAGAGGUACCCCAUUGGUUGACCUAUGAUUUUCCUCCAACAGUAAAAGAAAAAAUUGACCGGUUGUGGGGAGGAGACUGGAAAGGUCAAGCUCAGAAAUGGUUUCUUCUAAAAUUUACUGGAGAUGAAAAAGAGAUUAACCUAGCAGGUGACGGGACUGAAGCAGCUGAAUUUUCAGAGUGGACAUGGAUGCCACCACAGCAAGUUAUCGAACAGGCUGUGGAUUUCAAGAGACCCGUCUAUGAGCAGGUUUUUAGGUUCUUUGCUCCUCAUUUAGGUACAGGAUCAACCGUUAUAUGAGAAUAUAAGAAUUUCAUAAGAUCCUUCUCACAAGUUGUUUUCAUUGCACAAGAUAAGAUGUGUGGAUGAUGGUUCUUAUGAUAUUAUAUUAGUGUGCAAAAUGAUAAUAUUGUCAAACUGAACAAAUAUGGAAUAUAUGUCCAUAAUUUUUUUCUUUUACAGGGAAAAGUUCCUCUUUAAUGUAUGCCUAUAUAGGAGAACUUCUUAAAAUUUAGUAUGUUAUUAUUUGAGAUAGCAUAAUCCCUAACAGGAAACACUAUUCAAUAACAUUUUGGACUGAGCAAGGCCCAUAAUCAGUUCUCGUGACUUGAAGAUGUACUAGGAGUAUUCAAAUUUGAAAUUUCAAAAUAAUUAAUUUUGAUGUGUAUAAUUAGGUCAAUGAUUAAGAAAAUUUAAACU